AUGGCCCGUAUUCUUUAUUCUCGCAGUAGCUCGGAGAAAAGAAAGAACCCUCGAAAUACAAUGGACAGCGUAAUUAAGGGUCAAAAGUUUUUAGCUUCAUUAAUUACGCGAACACUUCAAACGAUGCCAUUAUCAUUCCCGAGAAUGCAGCAAGCAAAAUGGUGCGCUAUGCAUAAUGUAGUUUCAUUUCUCCUCCGCUUCGGGGCCAUUUUUCUGAAUCAAUUCGAGGGAAAAAUAGGAAAUAUGAGUGCCUUAAUUGCGACAGGCUGGUAAUUAUAUUAGAAAAAGGAAGCGGUAACAACCGAAACUGCAGUUUUCUUUAUUUCAAGCCCACUGUCUCAGGCAUCGUUGCAAAAUUAUUUAUAACAGUAAUAAUUGAAAAAAAAUUUUAACAGAUUUUUAAAUCUGCUAAUUGA